CCCGUACCCGGUGAAUACCAGUCACGUCGAGCGCUAGCUAGUGAUGCAAGAGUACGAGUACGUAAUUUAGCCAUGAUUACACAUAUUGCUGAACGCGCGCGGUGACUGAGUACCAGCAGUUAGUAUCGAUAUACUAAUCACAAACCCUCAGUUUGUGAGUUAAAUUUCGGGAAACAACGCCACAUCGAACAGCAUCAUGGAGUAUUUCACGCUUGGACGCUGUGUGGUGGUUUUGUGUCUGUUGGCGGUGGUUUGCAACGGGGUCAAUGCAGAUGUGACGGACGACCCUUUCAAUUUCAACAACUUCGAUAGUUUAGCCGAUAACAUUGAGGAGACUUACAGCAACGCCCUCAAACUGGGCGUGGGGAUCAUCGUCGCCAUUGUCAUCGGUAUCAUUGCCGUUGUCGUGCUUGUCAUCGUCCUGUGUGCCUGUUGCUGUUACCAUUGUUGUUGCAAGAGUCGCCCGGCGAGCCACACCGUGGUUGUGACACAGGGUGCCCAGCAGCGAGGCAUGGUCAUGCAGCAACCGGUGACUUACGAGCCAGUCCACGUACCGAGCAACGGGCCGGACGCGGUGCCACCCUACCCGGACCAGCAAGCAUCUUACGGCUACGUCAAGCUCUAGAUUCCUGCUCGACUGGACCUGCUUCGGACAUAAGUUCUUCAAAAAGUUGACUUCGAAAAGCAACUAUCGAUUUCAUUGCCACAUCAUAAUCAAAAGUUUCUCCGACAUCCUAUUAACAACGUCCUUUGUCAUUACGCACGUUUCAAGAGAAAGAACGUAUUAAGAGAAAAUAACCCGCUUGCAUUUCAGUGAGCUAUGAUGAAAUUCGGGAUUUGCAAGUUUACUGUUUAACUUUAUUUCGUGGAACUUUUAAUUUAAAAUAGUUAUGAAAAUAAGUUCGUUUUCUUCUACGUCAGGGUUCUAAAUAGCAAGAAUUUAGUGUGUGAUUAACCUAAAAUCGUGGUACUCAAUCUGAAAUGAACCAUUUUUCUUUCUCAACUUCUGAUUUUUUUUUUCUUAAGUCAUGUAUUUCGUUGUGUUAGUUUUACUUUUUGUAGUAGUAAUAGGCCGUAGACGUAAAAUAGAGAAAGCCACAGUUUGCCUGUUUGCUUGAUAAUGCAACUUACAUCGAAAAUUUAGAAAUAUUAAUUUAAAGAUCAAACUUUCUUGUCAUCCUAACCAUUUUGUAACAAAGGAUGAAACAAACAAGGGGAACAAAGGUACACUUGAGUUUGACUGAAAUAAAAUUUCAAAACAAAUAAUGUUGUCAAAAUCUGACAAAAAAAAGAAUGCUACUCCAUACUGUCAAAAUGCAAUCGCCGUAGUUCAUGGUUUUCCAAAGUCCAUUUGUUAUUUUUCUUUUCCAAAAAAAAAAGUUGUUGAAGAAAACAGAUUAAAUUUGUUCUACUCGACAAAACACA